GUGUGCAGAGUUUGCAUGUUCUCCCCAUGUCGUCGUGGGGUUUCCUCCAGGUACUCCGGUUUCCCCCCACAGUCCAAAAACAUGCUGAGGCUAACUGGAGUUGCUAAAUUGCCCAUAGGUGUGCAUGUGUGAGUGAAUGGUGUGUGAGUGUGCCCUGCGAUGGGCUGGCCCCCCAUCCUGGGUUGUUCCCUGCCUCGUGCCCAUUGCUUCCGCGAUAGACCCCCCGCGACCCAGUAGGAUAAGCGGUUUGGAAAAUGGAUGGAUGGAUGGAUGGAUGGUAUUUGGAGAGUUUUAAUACCCUUUUGGUGACUGUUAAAAAGCCUAGUCACUGAACCUUUUGUGCAGACGAUGAAAUGCUACCAAAGCUCAUGCAAGCUGAUUUCCAUGUGAUCUGACAGAGCAGGAAUAGCCACCCUCUGCUGAGCAUGACAGUGUGUUCAGCAACCCCCUCGCCGACCCCCUUAAUAACCACAGCCAGACCCAGGCCUGUGUAGUACUGUUGUUCAGAAUAAAAAUCUGAUAUGGUCUGAGAUCAGUAGUUUUCAGUCACUCAGUAUACUUCCUCUUUGCUAAAAAUAUUGCCGAGCUUAUACUGUACCAAUAACUUUAAUAUUGCAGAAUCAUCUUUCCUUUCACAGAAAAGAUCUGAUUAUGAGUCGACUUUUUGCCUUUCUUUGGGUAUUUUACAACAGCAGCCUUCUGUCUGGAGCCACUGUAACAAAAGGCACUAUGGAUGAGAUCUCUUGUGUAAAUGAUUAUUUGUUUACAAUAAUCUGCACAGUAAGAAUCUCCAAAGGCUCAAAUCAUAUCAGAAGUAUCUCAUACUGGCUGGAAUUUCAGCAGAAUGGAAAAACAUUCAACUGUUCACUUGCAAAAAUACUGGAUAAUUACCAAUGUACAUUCCAGUCUCCAGAAAGAUUUAUAGAUACGGAGCAUUUUGUCAUAAAGCUCCGGGAUAAUUUGUGGACUGCCAUGUUAGAAAAUAUGUACAAGCCAGUAAAACACAUAAAACCAGUAGCACCCUGCAACCUAAGCAUCCACUGGUUUCCUGGUGGUUAUAAUUUCACUUGGCAGAACAGUUAUGAAAAAAUUCAGCCUCGGGUUUUCUUGAUAAAGUAUCUGAAAUACAGACUUUGGUACUACAGAAGUGGAGAUUCAGAUGAUGUGACAAAGAUAGAGUUAUCUGAGAAACUAGUUCAGGUUGAAGACUUGAGGUUGGAACCAGACACAGAGUACAUAGCACAAGUGUCCUCUAGUCCUAUAGCGAGACAUUACUAUGGGCAAUGGAGUGAUUGGAGCCCAGCUGUAAAGUGGAGGACGAACAAACAUCAGGGUGACGGCACACUGCUGUUAGUUGGACUCGCUGCAUGUGUUGCAAUUGGCAUAAUGCUGCUUUUAUGCUUCAGUCUGAAAGAAAGGCUAAACCUAAAAAAGUACUUCAGUGUUCCAACACCAGAACCUUUCUUUCAAUCCCUCUACCAUAAAUGUAAGGGAGAUUUCAAGAGCUGGGUCGUGUCUCAAGGAAAUCUGGGAAGACCAUUAAAUAUAGAGGAGCCCUUGAAACUUGACACCUUGGUUGUGGCCCCUCCCAUAGACCACAAAGAAAGCUAUAUUCUCCCCCCUCUCCAACACGCACAGACUUACACCACGUAUGUCAAUCCAUGGGACAACACCUAUGGCGUAGAGCCGCAGGACACCCUGCUCUCCAUCCCCUUCAUGGUGCCUGAGCUCAGUGUCAUGGUGGGUUCUGUCCUUCUGAAGCACCCAGGCCCCGACGUAGGUGACUCGAGAUUCGGGGACCUGCAGUGUAGCACAGGCUACAGUAACAAUUACUGCACACUCACUGCUGUUGGCAAUGAGCUUAUCCGCAGCAAAGAACCAGAGGAAGAUUGCGAUAACACAUUGUGGCUCACAAAGAUUUAAUACAUAUUUCAGAUGAGGACUUGCAGUUUGUGGAAAUCUGGACAUAAAAAGGUGGAUACACAUUAGCCUUUGAUAAAAUACAAUCCAUCCAUCUAUCAAUUGCAGGAUCAGAAGCUUUUGCAAUUCCACUAUAUGAAAGAAGCAGAAUUACUGCUGAAUUUACACAGUGUAUGUCCUUAAUAUGCUUUACUUUUCUGGGGAAUUUCCAAGCAUUCUAAUUUCCCAUGAAUAGGAUGAGAAGUGUGUUUUUUGUUGCUAUGGUGUAAAUGUGUCAGCUGGUGUCCUUACUGACUUUGUAACUGCUGUAAAUAUUUAGCUAUUUUUCUAUGAAUAAAAUGGUAAUAUAUGUAAAUUGUAUUAUAUGAAAGCAUGCAAAGUAAGAACUGGGGGAAGAACAGGUAUAUUCAUAGACCGAGUUUGAUGAUUACACUGGGGAGCCAAUAAAACGCAUCUUACGCACAUAUCUGAUGCACACAACCUACUACAGUGGUGCCUCGACCCACAAACAGUUCUGUUCAGUCCUGGUCAUGAACAAAUCGGGUUACGAACCAGAUGUUCGAAAAAAGUUUUGUACCGGUUCACGAACCAUGUUUCAGGCUGCGAACACAGGAACAUCCCCCAAAAGUGCCCCAAAGAAGCACCCGAAACACGAAGAAGUGUUGGAAUUAUGGCCAAGAACGGUUGUGGAAAUGUAUAAUAAACUUGUUGUAGAUGUAUGUCUUUACUAUAUCUCUUCAGAGGUCGAAUAUCUGAAAAAAGAAAAAAAAAUAGAGAGAGUGAGAACGUUCUGUUAUAGCGGUACCUUUCAGUGACUGAUAAACAUGUUUGUGAUGGUUUUUAACAGUCACAUAUCUAUACAUAAAAUUAUAGUACUUCAUUAAUAACAUGAAUUAUUAAGUAACUUCUAUUUAAGUGUUAUAUUCUCCAUUCACACACAGUGGCAACUGCGUAUUGUUUGUUUACAGUACAAACAAAGAAGUUCAUCGCCAUACAACGCAUGGCAUCAUGAAAUGUACAUGAACAUUUUACGCAUAUGAAAAUAAUGUACAGUAUAAUAAAAAAAAAUCACAUUUUCAAAAUUACUGUAUUGUUUUUAACUGUUACUGUCUUUUAAUGUUAAUUGUUUAGUUUAUUUGGGGGGGUGUUUUGUGGAUCUUUUCCAUGUUUUUGGCGUCUUUUGAGCGACCAGCCCGCUAACAAGCGUAUGCUCACUUGUGUAUUGGUCCACCUUCCAUAACCGUAUGUUCUCUUACCUUUUUUCCUUUUUUGAUCUAAUGUAAUUACACAUUUUUUAUCGCCACACCUAGCAUAAACCGUGUUUGUUCGAGUGCUGUGUUCAUGAAUGUUAAUUCUGUGUUCUAAUGUACUUACACAUACUGUACAUUAAAACAUAUUUUUGUUUCUGA